AUGGCCGGGCGACCAGGCAGCUCACGGCUUCAAGGGCUCGUCACUCUCUCGGGGAUGGUGGCGUUCCUCGGAGCCGCAACUAUUGCACCACGGAUAUCCAUCACCAGAACCGACGACUCGACAUUCAUCAAGUACGACCACCUCAAAUCCAAGACCAAGACCAGCUCUCCGGCCCCAGCCGACCCGGGCCUGAUCAUCACACCGUCGCCGAAACCUCGAAGCGCAUCAACCCAUGCGAGCGGACGCAAACCCUUUGGCCCAAACGACUGGAUCUUCGACACCGGCGCGACAACACAUGUCUGCGCCAACCGCGCUCUCUUGCACAGCUACGACACUCUGAACCCUUACAGCAACAGCGUGAACCCGCGGGCGGUGGGCUAUUUCGGACCGAACCCGGUCCCCAUCGUCGGCGCAGGCGAUUGCACAUUCAUCUUGCCACUGUUCCCCGGUGAUGCAGCCGCCACUCCCAGGAACGCGCGGUCGUCGUCGAUCAUGUCCGGCCUACUUGGCGUGGGUGGAGCGAGUGGCGGCAGGGCCGGCAAUAGUGUGGCUGGAAGCAGUGUCAGUGGUGAGGGAUUGGGAUUGGGAUUUGGAGAAAUGGAGGGAGAUGGAGCUGGAGCUGGUGGCGACGCCAACUCGUCGAAAGAACUCCCUCUCGGACCUUACCGUGCCUUGACGCGACUGACGGUCAAGAAUGUAAUGCACAUUCCCGAUGCGGGAGUCAACCUUAUCAGCUGGUCGCAGCUGAAGCGGGCCAAAGGACUGGAUUUGCAGCUGGUGGAGGAGAACGACGGCGGCCUUACGGUGCGCGAGCAUGGGAAGCCACUGAUGCGCUUUGAGGCGCGCGACGGCUUGUUUUUCCUGGUGCAAGCGGACGUUUCAUCAACUACGCGGCAAGAGAUUGUGGGUGGGCAUUGA